AUGUUAUUUGGAAUCUGGGCUAUUUUUACUUGUUCGACACUCUAUUUAUCUGGUGAACUAUAUAAUAUUGUGUUAUUGAUUUAUGGAUCUCCUCUAAUGUUUUUACUUGUUUAUAGAUUUAUUUUAUUUUCAGUUAGUUAUAUAAGUUCUUCAUUCAGCUAUUUUAUUAAAGUUGGUACUAGUAUAAAUCCUGAAGAUAAUUGUUCUAAACAGUUCAAAGAUAUUUUGAAUAAAGAAACUGAAAAUAAAUGGCAUAUGAUAAUACAUAAUAUUGGUAUUAUUAUAGCUGUUGUUGGUGUUGUUGUUGGAUUAGUCGUAUAUUUAGUCGUAGAAAUGGUUUAUAUCUUUAAUGGCAAAAAGAAUGGACAUAGAGCACCAUCUUUUCUCGGAACUAUGGGGAUUUCUUAUUUGAUAAUAGGUGGACUAAUUCAAUUAGUAACCUUUUUUUUAAAGAUUAUACUUGACUGCGUACAACAAUGUAAAGCCAUUCAAAAAGCAUCUUUUAAUGAUAAGGAAUAUACUUUUUUCUUUUGCUUUUUAAAGUUUAUUCCAUGCUAUUCAAUUUUGGGAUGCAUAUGUUCAAUAAUAUGUGACUAUUGCACAAAAACUAAUUCUGGUAAUAAUACAAAAUCCUCAAAUUGUCAAUGGAUAUUUGUUGUUGUCAUAACUUUAAUAUCUAUCAUUCUACUUGUUGCAUUUUUUGCAUUUUAUAUAUGGGCUAUUAUUGAUACAUGGAAAGAUUCAAAUAAAUUGUUGUUAUAUGUCAUAUUAUUUUUAUUGUCAAUACUUUCUAAUGGAGUUUCUGUAAUCAAAGAAUUAAGAAAUAGGAAAGAAGAAAAAACGAAUUUUAAGAAAGUAAGUGAUGAACCUGAUUCAUGGUUUGGUUUCGAUUAUAAUAGUAGUAUUAUACUUCUAAUUGUAUUGAUAGUUAUUGUAAUUAUCACUAUUUUUGUGAUUGUUGGAAUGGUUUAUAUUCUACCGAAAAUAAAAACUAAAUUCAAAGGAGAUAAUACUAAAAAGGGUAUCAAAAAUUAUGAAUCUUCUUUUUAUUUAGCACAAGAAUUAAAUGGAUUUAUUGACGGUAUUUCAUAUGAUUAUUUCUUCGAUGAAUAUUAUUACCAACAACCGAGUAAAAUUACAAAUAAUACUCGUGGUCAUUCACAUUUAUGUUCGAAUGAUCCAUAUGGCAUUACACCAGCAGAGUAUGGUUAUUUUAGUUAUUUAGCAUAUAAUAAACCUGUAAUAAAAUUACAAAAACAAUAUCAAGGAAAUUUCUUGAAAAAAGACAAUGAGUUAGUUUUUUAUAAAGAAAAUGAUGAAAACGAAAAAAAUAAAUAUGAGUUACUUUCUCAAUACCUUAAAGACAAAGGCUGGUCUUUUCAGUACCAUAAUAAAAAUGGACUAUAUUAUAUAAUAGGAACUAAAGUUUGUAAAGAAGAAAAAACAGAUAAGGAACAGAAUAAAGUCAAAGUGAUUGCUUUUAAAGGAACAAAUUCAUUCGGUGAUGGUCUUUAUGACAUUCAAUUGUUUGCCGAAUCUGCAUUUCCAACUAUAUCAGUUACAGUAUUUCCAGUAUUUACAAAACAGACUCUUUCAAGAAUAAGUUAUGGAUUAUCAUUUUUUGGAACAAAAGCAUUCGAAAAAGAUGAGCCAACACUCUUAGGAACAGCAAAGAAAAUAGUGAAAGAAGAAAUGAAAGAUGGAAUCCCUCUUGUAGUUACUGGUCAUUCACUUGGAGGAGGGAUUGCGAAUAUAGUUGGAACAGAGUAUGGAUUAUCAAGUUUUGGAAUAUCCCCUCCUGGGACAUUUUUGGGUUCAAAAGGAUUAGGACUAAAGAAAAAGGAUGUCACUGUACUUGAAAGGGCUGUUAUACCUGAUAGAGAUCCUGUUGCUGCUCUAGGAAUAGAUGGAGGGUUACAAAUCAGAAUACCAUGCAAUGCAAAUUCAUUGAAGUGUCAUGCCAUACACAAUUCAGUUUGUAUGAUUGGUGAGUUGUGUAUCGAUAAAAGCAUGAUAAAGUUAUGUAAUGAAACGUGGAUGAGUUGGGGGUUUGACAUUUCAAAGACAUAA